GCCAUAUUUUCAUAAUACUGGACCUUUUGAACUUUCUUAACUAAAGAUACGUACCCUUGCUCUUCAACCUUUUCUAACUAAGGCAUCUACCAUGGGCCCUUCUCAACUUUACCGCAAAGUGAGAAUUCGACUUCCAAAGUUCUGGUCCUCAUCUCCUGCAUGUGCACCUCCAAAACUCCCUCAUAAACAACCCCAUUCAUACAUGCAACAUACCUCAAUUCACUUCUUACUUUGCUUCAGAUCUCGUUGGCAGUUCAACGUCUCUUCACGCCGCGCUCGAUCCUCGAAGGGCCUCAUCUCUCACUUUACAAUGUGUGUUUACAACAAUCCUCCUUCCCUAUCUUUCUUCCUGUUAUCAUCAUCAUAAAAACGCCUCACAAACUGCCAUGACGCCUUCGGCGCAAGCGUCUACAAUGUAUCCCCUCGGCGAAUGCACCAACCUCACCAAAUUCAAAUUCAUCCCCGAAAACGUCCUCAUCCCCACGCAUCUCGACCAAAUCAUCCCCGAUGAUCUACGCCUCGACCUCAACUUCCUUCGCAUAAACGCCGGCAGAGCGUUCCGCACCAUGAUCACGAUAGUACGCAAGCGCGAAAACCGCUACCGUGCUCUCUGCCCUCCCACCGAAAGCAAAUACAAGCUCUACACACACAGCGCAACCAUCAGCCGCCUGAAACGAUGGCGCGAAGACCACGAUACCUACGAUCCCACUCUCGCACCAUCAGCGAAGAUCCCAGGGCCGGUCAUCUACCUUAAUAUCUCUCGAACAGCCUACGAAGAAUGGUCGAAGGACUACGCCAGCGUGCUUUCAGAGUUCAAGAACGGUCCGUACAAGGAGUAUCACGACUCGGCGGAGGACUUUCUGGCUGCGAUCCGGGUUGCGAGGGAUAGGAGAAAAGUCAGUCACCUGGACUACCAUGAGCUUAUACUUUUCUACCGAACUUUUAUGCGGGAGAUGACCAUCUGGGAGGAUAUCAUUCCAGGGCUGGACCUACCGAGCUUUUCAGAGAUUGUCGAUGAGCUUUAUGAGGCGGUGGUGGAGAGGGUGGAGAAUGGGGAAACGAUGCAUCCCUUCUUCCAGAGAGUGAGAAACAAAAUGAGGGACGUUGAGAAGGAUGGUUGA